GGGCUGCCCGGGCUCCCCUUCGCCCACCGGGCGGCUGCCUCUUGCUCGCCCCCCGCGCGAUUCUACAGCAGCGACUCGGAGAGAGACGGGCAGCGGAAACCCUCCGUCUUCAUGGUGAAGAUCCCCAACCCUCUGAGUUGGCUCCGCAGCCGCUUCUACAUCUUCCUCAUCCGUGCCUAUUUCGACCAGGAGUUCAGCAUCCACGAGUUCACGGAAGGGGCGAAGCAGGCUUUCACUUAUGUGUCAAGACUAAUAUCUCAAUGUAAAUAUGAUCUGUUGGAGGAACUUGUAUCAAAAGAGGUGAUUCAGGUGCUGAAGGAGAAGCUUGCUUUGCUGUCUGAAAACCACAAGCAUGCCCUUGCUGCCACCAUGGAUGAAAUAAUGUUCACAGCACCUGGAGAUGUUGGCAUUUACUACGAUGAUAGUGGAAGAAAGUUUGUCAGCAUCCUGGUGCGUUUCUGGUAUUUUUCAAGUGCUGACCUCCCUGAUGAUGGAAUCAAAAUGAUCCGAUUUGUUUCUGACAAUGAAACAGAAAGGAAGACAAAACAUCUUUUGACAGCAAGUUAUGAGUUCCGAAGAGAAUUUACAGAAGGUGUGAAACCAGACUGGACUAUUACACGGAUUGAACAUGCAAGCCUGCUCGAAUGAGUUCAUGAACAAAGACAUUCAUAGACAACUAUCAAUAUAAUGGCUCAUUGACAAGAGCUAAAAUGAACUGAAUACAAAGGAGCAAGCAAGGUUUAUCUGUUGUAAUCUCUUGCAGACUAAUUUUGUACUUAUUCUAAAGGAUGAAAACAAAACAUUUUCUACUAGAUUCACAAAAAGUCAGAAAUCAUUCUUGAUCUACUACCAAAAGCAGCAUUUAGAUCAGGAUAGCAGGGAGCACAUAAGAUUUCUACAUCACAAGUUUCAUGCAAGUUUGAAAGAAGGUAUGUGACAGCUAGCUUUUAAAAUCUGGACACAUUUAUUCUCCUUGAUCUGUGCCUGAGGAUAGGCUCCUACUUGAGUGAAACCACUUGCACAACAGGUCUGAGGUGAGUGGAUUGAAUGUUUGGCACUUGCAUCCGAAGAUGAAAUGGGUGGCCUUGCAAAAACAGAUAAGGAGAGAAGUGGCUGUUCUAUGUAUCAUAAUUUGUGUGACAUUAAAAAUGGAUUUGGUCAAAAGUAUUAA